AUAUAGAAAUAUGAUAAAGAAAUUGUCUAUUGAAUAGAUCUCUGUUAUUAAAAUGUAACACAAUAUCUAUAUCUAUGAAGGGAGAAUAUAUAUCAACCCACGCAAUGUCUAUGUAUUGUAUAUAUAUAUACAUAGAAAUGUUAUUUGUAUAUACAUAACUAUCCAAAUACCUAACUAAUGACAUAAUUCACUGAUUAGUUUAAUGUCAUAAUCAUAAAUGUAUUCGAAUAAGAAUGUUUCAUAUUCACAAUAUAUAUGCAUAUAAAUAGAAAGAUAAUAACCCAGUGAUUACUAUUAAUAGUUUUAUAUGACUUAGCAACAACUGAUUGAUACAAUUUCUAUCUUCAUUUGAUUACAUAAUAUAAGUUUAGUUGUCACACCUACAUACACACACAUACAUACAUACACGCACGCACAGAAAAAACAGGGAGACAACAGAAUCCAAUGAACAAUUAUUUGAAUGAAAUAAAAUAUUGAAUAUAAUUAAAUUUCACUUGAAUCUAUCGAUGAAUAUUUUAUCAGUGUUCACUUGAUUUGUGUUGUUACUAAGGGGACAAUGAAUUAAGUCAUUAAUUCAUGGAAUUAAAUAUGACAACUCCUAAAAUGUAUACUGAUAUGAAUAUAGGGAAUCAAGCAAUGAAUAAUAAUAAUAAUACAAAUGUUACAUCAUUACUUGUUCGUGAACGUUUAAAAAAUUGUGUAUUAAAUAAACGUAAAAGUAAAGAACAAGCAAUUCAUUCAAAUGAGACAAUAUUGUUGAAUAUGGGUAUUAGUCAACAACAACAACAACAACAACAACCACAAACACAACCACCUCCACCACCACCACAGCAGCAACAACAACAACAAGGUGAUCAUAUCCUUGAUAAAGAUUUAAUGCAAAUGAAUCAAGAACAAUCUGUUAGUAAUAAUUGUUUAAUCAAUGAUCAUUUGAAUGGUAAAUCUAUACCACUUAGUAACCAAAACAGUACUCAUAGUAACAAUAAUAAUAAUAAUAAUAGUAAUAAUACUAAUGAUAGUAGUUGUAUUACACCAUUAACAAUAGAUGUUGAAAAUCUUUCAUCCCAUAAUCAAACAAUCACUAUGACAUCUUUACCAAUCAAUAUGAAGAAAUCUAAUAUAUUACAUCAUCAAAUGCAACAUUCUUAUUCAAAUCAUGAAACGGAUAUACAUUAUAUGGAUUUUCAAAAUUUACAUACAUCUGACAUGGAAACAAGUAAUUGUGAAAAACAUAUUGAACAACAUGAUCAUUCUAGUCAUGAUCAUGAUCAUGAUCAUCAUCAACAUCGUCAACAACCUAAUAAAUUAAUUGAUGAAAAUCUACGUAAAACAGUAUCAGAGCCAAGUUUAAAAAUGCGUAGUGGUUCUGGUGGUGUACAAAAAUCACGUUAUAAACCAGAUCGUCGUCAUUAUUAUCAUCAUCAUCAUCUUAAUCAUCAUAUUGGAAUGAAUACAGCAGCAGCAGCUGUAGCUGCAGCUGCAAUGACUGUUACUAAUGAUCCAUUAGCAAUGAUUGGAUUAUGGCCACAAUUAACAUCAGCAUUUCAACAUACAAAUUUAAUACAAAAAACAAUGAAUAAAAAACCAUCACAAGAUCUAAAUAAUAAUGAUAGUCAUGUAUCAUCAAUAGAUUCUGAUGAACGAUUAACAAAAUCCGAUAGGAAAUCUUUAACACAAUCUAUAUCACUUCGAUCAAAUACUACUAUACAAGAUGUCAUUUUAACCGAGUUUAUGAAACAAAAUCAAUUAAUCAAUAAUCAGGAAGUAUUAGAAACUAUGAAUACAUGUUGUACUAAUUCACAAGCAAUGAAUUCAUCUUAUUCAUCAUUUGGUACUACAACAAUCAAUCCAUCGAUAUUGAAUUCAACAAUGAUGAAUGGAUUUUGUGCAAGUUUACCAAAUUUAACAGCACAAUAUCAUCGUACAUCAUCAUCAUCCUCAUCAUCAUUACAAACAAAUCAUCAUCAUCAUCAUCAUCAUCAGAAUAAUAUAAAUAAUAAUAAUAAUAGAACAACGAAUACAACAAUACCGACACAUACAUCUACACCGACUACACAUCAUCUAAAUCAAUCAAGUUUUGAUUAUAAUGAAUUCAAUCAAAUUGAUACAACAAUGUCUGAUCUAAUCAAUGAUCAUCAAUCUAAUCCAAUUACACAAAUCAAUAAAUCAUUCUAUCAUCAUUUAUUACCAUAUUAUCGAUAUCAAUCAAUUGGUUUAAUUAGUCGAACUAGAUCAGCACCAUUAAGUUUAGCUACUAAUUCGAAUAUAACAAAUUAUCGAUCUAUACAAUUACAAAAUUUAAAUCAUGUACAUAAUUUAACUAAUUCAAUGAAUAAAUCAAUAUCUGUGACAUCAGCAGCAAAUUUAUUAGCUAUGGAAGCGGCUACAAUUAAUUAUGGGAAUCAACAAUCAAAUCAAUCAAUCAGAGAACAUAAUCAAUUCAAUGGAAUCAAUAAUAACAGUAAUAAUAACAGUAAUAAUAAUUUACAAUCAACUAUAGAUAAUGAAUUAUCAUCAAGAAGUAAAGUUGUUUUACAAUUACGUAAGAAAAUUCUAGAAAGAUCUGAAUUUUUAACAUCAGAUCGUUCAGGUGUAAACAUUUUGGAUGGUUCUAAUUCACCAAUUUCUCGAAUAAAUCAAACAAGUGGAUGUGGUAAUCCAUUAUUAGAGAGAACAGCUUCAAGUCCUGUAGUUAAUAUGGCUCCAACAAUACGAUCAGAAACUGUACCUUCAGGAAUAGAAUGUUUUGCUGGAGAAAGUCGAGAAGGAAAGAAUGAGAACAGGAACAAUGAAAUCUGAGACGAAUGACUGAUAUCUUCAAAUGAACUGUUUACUGUAUGAUUCUCAAAUGUUAUUAAUACAUUCGAUUGUUC